CCUGGCUCCCUGCGACCGCCCCCAGCUGACGGGGCGAGCUGAGCCCAGGGAGCCCCGGUCCCCUGCGCGGCUUGUGAGCGUGAGUUAAUAAACAGUUAAGUUUGGAAGACUCAGCAGACACGUUGAGGGGGAGUUACCAAGCCCAGGCUGCGAAAACAUCCCGGCACAUUCCUGGGGAGUCCUCAGCUGCCAGCAUCUGAUUAGAACCAUAUCUCUGGCCGGGAGUGGCCGAGCGGCUUCGAGGCUCUCCCGGCCCGCGGCUAUUUAAGCCGGGCCUGCCGAGUCAGCUGCGCUGCCACUGGAGGCUCUGGCCAGGGACAAGUCAUGCUCGCUUCGCGGAGGCGCUAGCUCCUAACCUGUGUCUGUUCCAGCUUAUGUUCAUUGGAGCCAUCUCUAUUGAGGAUCGUCUGUUGUCACUAAGUUUCUUCUGGUGCUGGGGUUUCCUGCCUACCCUCCUGCCAUGUCUAACGAAGUAGAAACAAGUACAAGCAAUGGUCAGCCUGAUCAACAAGCAGCUCCGAAAGCACCAUCAAAGAAAGAGAAGAAGAAAGGUUCUGAAAAGACAGAUGAGUAUCUCUUGGCCAGAUUCAAAGGUGAUGGUGUAAAAUAUAAGGCCAAGCUAAUUGGCAUUGAUGAUGUUCCAGAUGCAAGAGGGGAUAAGAUGAGCCAAGAUUCUAUGAUGAAACUAAAGGGGAUGGCAGCUGCUGGCCGGUCUCAGGGGCAACACAAGCAAAGGAUCUGGGUCAACAUUUCCCUCUCUGGGAUAAAAAUAAUUGACGAGAAAACUGGGGUGAUAGAGCAUGAACAUCCAGUAAACAAGAUUUCUUUCAUCGCCCGUGAUGUCACAGACAACCGGGCAUUUGGUUAUGUGUGUGGAGGAGAAGGCCAGCAUCAGUUUUUUGCCAUAAAAACAGGGCAACAGGCUGAGCCAUUAGUUGUUGAUCUUAAAGACCUUUUUCAAGUUAUCUAUAAUGUAAAGAAAAAGGAAGAAGAGAAGAAAAAGACGGAAGAAGCCAACAAGGCAGAAGAGAAUGGCAGUGAGGCCCUAUUGAACUUUGAUGAACAAACUAACAAACUGAGAUUGGGUGUUCACCAGAUGGAUUUGUUUGGGGACAUGUCUACACCUCCUGACCUAAAUAGUCCAACAGAGAGCAAAGAUAUCCUGUUAGUGGAUCUAAACUCUGAAAUCGACACCAAUCAAAAACCUUUAAGAGAAAAUCCAUUCCUAACAAAUGGCAUCACCUCCUGCUCUCUUCCUCGACCAAAGCCUCAGGCGUCCUUCUUGCCUGAAAAUGCCUUUUCUGCCAAUCUCAACUUCUUUCCCACCCCUAAUCCUGAUCCUUUCCGUGAUGAUCCUUUUGCACAGUCUGACCAAUCGACACCCUCUUCGUUUGAUUCCCUCAAAUCGCCAGAGCAGAAGAAAGAGAAUUUGAGUAGUUUGUCUGCUCCCCUGAGUAACGGGCCCCUGAAUGGCGAUGCUGAUUACUUUGGUCAGCAGUUUGACCAGAUCUCUAACCGGACUGGCAAGCAGGAAUCUCAGGCAGGCCCGUGGUCCUUUCCGAGUACGCAAACCCAGCCGGCAGUGAGAACUCACAAUGGGGUCUCUGAAAGUGAACAGAACAGCUUCCAUACGCAAUCCUCCCCGAACCCCUUUGUGGGAAGCCCUCCCCCAGGACUCUCUGUACCGAAUGGCGUCAAACAGGACGUGGAAAGCCCUGUCCAGUCCUCACUGCAUGACUCCAUAGCCAUUAUCCCACCUCCACAAAGUACCAAAGCAGGAAGAGGCAGAAGGACUGCUAAGUCUUCAGCAAAUGACCUGCUGGCCUCAGACAUCUUCACUCCUCCCAUCUCAGAACCACCCAGCCAGACGUCACCCACAGGACAGUCUGCAAGCCUACAGACCAACCCUCUGGAUCUCUUCAAAUCAAGUGCUUCUGCCCCAGUGGGGGCCCUUGCAGGUCUAGGUGGGGUGCCAGUUACACCGCCCCAGGCAGGACCCUGGAACCCAGCGUGUGUGGUCUUCAAUCAGCCCCCUUCUAUGGUCCCCGGCACCAUCCUGAGUGCUCAACCUUCAGGUUUCACUCAGCCGAUGGUUUUUGGUCCAAGCCCAGCAAUGCCAAGUUGGAACCAACCUGUGUCUUUCGCAGCGUCUCCUUCCCCUCCGGCCCCUGCCAUCUGGGGCCCUUCUGCCUCUGUGGCCCCCAACACAUGGUCCUCCACAAGCUCUUUAGGCAAUCCUUUCCAGAGUAACGUUUUUCCAACUCCUAACAUGUCUACCCAGAACCCUUCUGGGCUGUCCUCUCUCCUGACCACUCCUCCUCAGCCCCCUCCCAGAACUGGCCCUGCCAAGGAUAUCCCCAGUGAUGCUUUUACUGCCUUAGACCCCCUUGGGGAUACAGAAGUCAAGGAAGUUAAAGAAAUGUUUAAGGAUUUCCAACUGCGGCAACCACCUGCUGUGCCUGCAAGGAAGGCAGAACAACCUGCUUCUGGGACUUCAAGUGCCUUUUCCAGUUACUUCAAUAGCAAAGUUGGCAUUCCUCAGGAGAGUGCAGACCACGAUGAUUUUGAUGCUAAUCAACUGUUGAAUAAGAUCAAUGAACCACCAAAGCCAGCUCUGAGACAAGGUACCUUGCCAGCUACCAAAUCUAUUGACAAUGCAUUUGAGAACCCUUUCUCUAAAGAUCCCUUCAGCUCAUCACAACCCUCUAUGGUUUCUUCUCAACCUACAUCUGAUAAAAAUAGGGAUGCUUUUGGGAAUCCUUUUGCCUAACGUUGGAAAUUGAUAUGCUGACUGUCCAGUGGAACAAAAGGGUUGGCCUUAAUAGUCAAGGACAAAGUUAGUAGCCAAACAUGUCCUGUCUGUCCUUGUUUCAGUUUUGGCAUAUUAUCUGUUGCCUUAUUUCUUGUUGCCUCUUCCACUUGUAAAACGCCUUUCACCUUUUGUCCAUGUUAAUGAUAAACAAUCUAUGGCUUUAAAUAAAUUAAGAUCCUAAAA